UCGGAUGACAGUCAGGGCUGCUAUGAUUGGAAGUGGGUUUUCCACUCUGGAAGGUCAAGGCACUUUUACCCACAGUCAGUUGGUACUUUUGUUGGUUGAGCACACAUUUGUUUGUAGGAGUUAGUCAGUUUUUUUUAUCUAAGAGGGAAAUACGCACGGAAGAUCUCUGGCCACUGACGGAGUUGGUUCUUUUCGUCAUGGAAAGCACAUGGCUACUGAGGGCAGCUUGUGUUGUGAUGGCGAUCACAGCAUCCGUGUCCGGCUGCAACAGAGGACACUACGAGAGCAUGAUCGAUAAACUCUGCCUGGCUAAGUUCCACUCGGACAUGGGCUCAGUGGACCGAGGUCUGUGGUGCAGCUGGCCGGACACCAGCGAGAUCUACGAGGGACUGACUAAUUGUACCUACCGAAUGGCGUUGAGAAUGGACUGCUUCUGGCCCGAUCAGAUUGUGGACCGCUUCUUCGUGCAGAUCCAUCGAAAGUACUUCCACGAAUGCGCGCCCACCGGACGACUCAUUCACGACCCGCCGGCCAAAGUCCUUGCGCCGUUCAUCGGUGUGCCGGUAUUGGUCACCCUUCUUGUGACCGCUCUUGUGGUUUGGAGGAGUAAACACACGGAGGGAGUUCUAUAACGUUGUACAUAGACCCCUUGCAUUUUUGCAAAGUGGUACAAGUUCAGUUCAGCUCUAAAGUUCGUAAAGGGGUAAUCGUGGUAUGUUUUUCCAUUAGUUAUCAUAGUGUGACAUCAUAGUACUUUUCGAAAAGAAACAGUUGGAAUUCUUCCCUUUCCAGUCCCACUCUUGCACAAAACAGAUUAUUCUGAAGUGUGUCCACUACAGCCCUCUAGGUAAUGAGCAUUGGGUACCAGUUCGCACCAAAAAAAAAUCGUAUGUCACAGAUGAAUAAUGUUGGCACUCUUUGCAAUUUUUGACAAAAGAAAGGAAUGAUGUUGUGUUACAUACCAAAUCAUGUUUUGUUUCUAUAUUGCAGAAUAUGAAGUGUUGCAUUCUCUUACUCUUAGGUAGGGGUGCCUUUCACAUUUCAAUAAAUACAGUACAAAUUCCUAGUACCUAGGAGUUAAAGGGGAACAUUAUCACCAGACCUAUGUAAGCGUCAAUAUAUACCUUGAUGGUGCAGAAAAAAGAUCAUAUAUUUUUUUUAACCGAUUUCCGAACUCUAAAUGGGUGAAUUUUGGCGAAUUAAACGCCUUUCUGUUUAUCGCUCAUGUGGUGAUGACGUCAGAACGUGACGUCUCUGAGGUAAUACAGCCGCCAUUUUCAUUUUCAACACAUUACGGUCUCAGCUCUGUUAUUUUCCGUUUUUUCGACUACUUUUUGGAACCUUGGAGACAUCAUGCCUCGUCGGUGUGUUGUCGGAGGGUGUAACAACACUAACAGGGAGGGAUUCAAGUUGCACCACUGGCCCGAAGAUGCGAAAGUGUCUGCCGCCAGACCCCCAUUGAAUGUACCGGAGUGUUUCCACAUUUUACCGGCGAUGACUGACAUGGCACAGAGAUGUAUGGAUAACCUGCAGAUGCAUUUGCAACGAUAAAGUCAACGAAAUCACAAAGUUCCCCAGUAAGCGAGAGAAGUUUUUGUUGAACCUGUUGCUGACCAUCGAGAGUCCUCCUUCAGUUUAGUUCUCUUCCAUGGUGUGCGCUUUUGCCCCAUCGCCUUGAGUUAUCCUUUUGAACUUAUUAAAGACAACUUUCUCUUGUGAUUCAA